CGCACGAUCAAGAUGUUGAGCCCACCAACGUCAAGAUCAAGAAGAGGGACAGUAUCAUCUUUGAAAUGGUGGGGUCUCUGCCUCAUCUCGGCCCUUCUAUUCUUGACUCAAUCUACCCAAGCGCUCUACUACUAUGCGUCUGCUGGCGAUGUCAAAUGCUUCAUUGAAGAGCUGCCAACGGACACAGUCGUCGUAGGCCACUACAUGGCGGAAACGUGGCAUCCUCAACAAUCCAAGUUCCUCAUCGAGGACGAUGUUCACCUGCGCGUCGUCGUCCUCGAGAAGUCCUCUGGUCAGUCCAUCGUAUCCACAAUGGCUCCCUCUGAGGGCAAAUUUGCCUUUACUAGCCACACAGCAGGGGACCACGAGAUCUGUCUUACCCCGAUUCCUGCUCCGGGUCAUGCCAGUCAUGCUGAGGGAAGGCAGGCGCAGAUUCGCGUCCAUCUGGAUGUGGUCAUUGGCGAGAGCAAGCCGGAUACGAGUCAUGUUGAUCGCUCACACAUCACAGACUUGGCGUCAAGGGUCAAUGGGCUGAAUGACCGUCUCAAGGACAUCAGGAAGGAGCAGCAGUACCAACGCGAGAGAGAGGCUGCCUUUAGGGAUGAGAGCGAGAGGACCAAUGCGAGGGCGAUUGUGUAUAGCGCGGUGCAGGGUGUUGUACUAGUUGCGGCUUGCGUUUGGCAACUGAGGACGCUGAGGG